AUGUCGGGUAUCGAUGCCGACGUGUUUUUCACUACGGUGAUGCCGGGGCUGUACGCGCAGUGCUUGAGUUCGUUGACCGAGCAUCGGAAACGGUUGGGCGGCGAUUGGGUGCUCGGCCGGGAUGGGGGGGAGCAGGGCAUUAAGAAUGUGCUCGACGUGGGGGGCAGGGGCGCUCGGGUACUUGCUUGGCAGAGUAUUGUCGAAGCGGAAGAGGAGAGAAGGAAGGAUGAGCCUCCGGAGAGAACCGGGAAGCCGCCAUCUGGCCCCGGUAGGAAGGCUCUGCGGGUGGUGAGGGAGAGGAGUGGAUUGCGGGCAGUGGUCGUCGAGGCUCUUGGACGAUACUCUGUUUAUUCCUCGAGUACCGGAUAUCUAUUUUGGAAACUUGCACUAUACGCUGGCCUAGUGGAGAAGAAUAAGACUUAGCCGAGAGAACCCUACGAUCUGGUCAUUGCUACAAAAAGAAUCCUCCCCAUAGGGAAGUCGUUUUUCCGCUGCCAAACCAUUGAACAACUCUGGUCUCACCUAAAUUCGAACGGCCGCGUCCUUUCAAUCAUCGAAAUAGGCAUGCCAAUGGGCUUCGAGGGUUUCGCCUACGCCCGCUCCACCAUCCUAGAGGACUGCAUCAAGGACGUUGGCGAGGCUUUUCAAUCCCCCCCACUUGCAAGAAUGCCGGUGGCUUCGCUAACCCCUCUAUCUGAAAGGAGCCCGGCGCUGUAGUCGCCCCCGCUUGCAAGAAUCAUGAACAAUGCCCCAUGUUCCCCUCUGGCCCCACAGAUGGCACCAACCGCAAAGACUACUGCUGCUUCUCGCAGCGCUAUGAGCACCCUAGCUAUCUGCAGAGACUUAUGGAUGAGUCAUCUAGAAAAAAAAACAGCCCCUAUGAAGAUCUCGAGUACUCAUAUGUCGCCUUCCGUCGUGGCAUCGACCACCGCACUGAUACGAAGAACAAGAUUAACCCAAAAAUAGACGACUUUGGCAUAACCCCCUUCGACAGCGAACCCGAUGCGCCAAUUCAGAACCC